AGGGUACAGCCAGGAGCAGGCGCAGAUCUAUUCCGCCGGGCUAAGGAUCGGGUGCGAGGGAAGGGGCUAGGCUGGCUGUUGCGGGAUGCCCUGAAGACUGGAUGGGCCGAGCUGGGCGCAAGCUCUGGACAGAGGUGGUACGGAGCAGUCAUCGUGGAACCUAAGUUAGGAGUCACGGGAGAGGCCGAGCUCGAUUGCGUGGGGGUUGGGAACCGCAGUCAACGGGUUUGCGGCGACCCCCGCAGGCCCUGCUCGCCAUGGGGGAGGUGGAGAUCUCCGCCAGGGCCUACGUGAAGAUGUGCCUGCACGCAGCCCGGUACCCGCACGCUGCGGUCAACGGGCUGCUGCUGGCGCCAGUGCCGCGGUCCCAAGAAUGCCUGUGCCUCACCGACUGUGUGCCCCUCUUCCACAGUCACCUGGCCUUGUCAGUCAUGCUGGAGGUCGCCCUCAACCAGGUGGAUGUGUGGGGCGCGCAAGCCGGUCUUGUGGUGGCUGGGUACUACCAUGCUAAUGCAGCUCUGGAUGACCAGAGCCCUGGGCCCCUGGCCUUGAAAAUUGCUGGGCGAAUUGCAGAAUUCUUCCCUGAUGCAGCACUUAUUAUGCUAGAUAAUAAGAAACUGGUGCCUCAGCCUCGUGUGCCUCCAGUUAUUGUCCUGGAGAACCAAGGUCUCCGCUGGGUCCCCAAAGACAAGAACUUAGUGAUGUGGAGGGACUGGGAUGAGUCACGGCACAUGGUGGGAACACUACUGGAGGGCCGGGCCCACCAGCACCUUGUGGACUUUGACUGCCACCUUGAUGACAUCCGACAGGACUGGACCAACCAGCAGCUCAACAGCCAAAUCACCCAGUGGGUUGGUUCCACCAAUGGAAAUGCCUGAGCUAGGGUCAGGGAGGCCAGAUCCAAUAAAGAGACUUGGGCUGGCGGGCAACCGUAUGACUGUAUUUAUUGUGCUUAGGAGACAAAGUGAGGGAGAAUCUUCAAUAGAAGGAA